UUCCUGGCGCCUUCCCGGUCGCCAGCCGGAACGCUUUGCUCUUAAAACCCCGCACUCACCCGGCCCUGGAAGUCCCCGCGGGCUGGGACCUGCGGAGCAGUCGCCGCCCGGCGCCUCAAUCGGCCCGGAACGUUGCUUGCGGGGGCUCGGGCAACGGGCUCUUCGGCGCGACCCCCGUCGCAGCCCUUUGGUGGCAGAGCCGCAGGGGUGAAGUUUUGCCAAAUCCAAAGGCUUUCGGACUGGAAAAGGUUUUCCUCUCUCCUGGUGGUCUCCACCAUGAUCCACAGUCUCUUCCUUAUCAACUCCUCUGGAGACAUUUUCCUGGAGAAACACUGGAAGAGUGUUGUCAGCCGUUCUGUUUGUGAUUACUUUUUUGAGGCACAGGAGAGAGCUACCGAGGCAGAAAAUGUGCCUCCAGUUAUUCCUACCCCUCACCACUACCUCUUGAGUGUUUACCGCCACAAGAUUUUUUUUGUGGCUGUGAUCCAAACGGAGGUCCCACCCCUGUUUGUCAUUGAGUUCCUUCAUCGAGUAGUGGACACAUUUCAGGAUUAUUUUGGAGUAUGUUCAGAGCCAGUGAUUAAAGACAAUGUGGUUGUGGUUUAUGAGGUAUUGGAAGAAAUGCUUGACAAUGGGUUUCCCUUGGCUACUGAGUCAAACAUCCUCAAAGAACUGAUAAAGCCUCCCACAAUCCUUCGGACAGUUGUCAACACCAUAACAGGAAGCACCAACGUGGGCGACCAGCUUCCCACGGGGCAGCUGUCGGUGGUGCCUUGGCGACGGACAGGCGUGAAAUACACCAACAACGAGGCCUAUUUUGAUGUGAUUGAAGAGAUUGAUGCCAUCAUUGAUAAGUCAGGUUCCACAAUCACUGCGGAGAUCCAGGGGGUGAUCGAUGCCUGUGUUAAGCUGACUGGAAUGCCGGACCUUACGCUUUCUUUCAUGAACCCCAGGCUGCUGGACGACGUCAGCUUCCAUCCUUGUGUUCGUUUCAAGCGCUGGGAAUCUGAGCGGAUCCUGUCCUUCAUCCCUCCUGACGGGAACUUUCGCCUGCUCUCGUACCAUGUCAGUGCACAGAAUCUGGUUGCAAUUCCAGUGUAUGUGAAACAUAAUAUCAGUUUCCGGGACAGUAGUUCACUUGGACGUUUUGAAAUAACAGUGGGACCAAAGCAGACAAUGGGGAAGACCAUAGAGGGAGUGACUGUCCUCAGCCAGAUGCCCAGAGGAGUCCUGAACAUGAGCCUCAUCCCAUCCCAGGGGACGCAUACAUUUGACCCAGUGACAAAGAUGCUGUCUUGGGAUGUAGGAAAAAUAAAUCCUCAAAAGCUACCAAGUUUGAAGGGGACCAUGAGUCUACAAGCUGGAGCUUCCAAGCCAGAUGAAAACCCCACAAUUAACCUACAGUUUAAGAUCCAGCAGCUGGCCAUUUCCGGACUCAAAGUGAAUCGUCUGGAUAUGUAUGGAGAAAAAUACAAACCCUUUAAGGGCAUAAAAUACAUGACCAAAGCUGGAAAAUUCCAAGUUCGAACCUGAAGGGAGAAUUUUGUAGAAGGAACAACUAUGAACACUUUUUCAUUUCUUCCUUGUCUAAAAGUAAAAAAAAAUAUCAGCCUGUCGCUUAGGUCAGUCCCCCUAGGACUCACCAGCUCCCUUUUUUCCUUAGCCUUAAGUGCCAUGGAAUUAAUCAAGGGAGAAAAGUGUUACCAGGGAGAAUGGGACAGAACUGAAACACAGUCAGCAGCAGCUCAGUGUAAAGGAGGCAUGUGCUGAAGGCUGGUGAUACUUGCCACCAUGUUUAACUACUCUUAACGUGGCUUCUGUAGAAAAUGAUGAGCAUUUGUUGCUUGCUUGGUUUUAAUUAUCUAAAGCCAAUGAAAGAUUUCUUUGAUUUUUUAAGGUAGAAAGAGAAACAAGAAGGAAAGGAAAGGGGAAAGGGAAAGGAAGAGAUAAGGUAAAAAAUGAAUGUUGAAGAAAGCCCAGCUAAAGAUGGAUCUGUGGGGCUGAGGUUGUGCUCUGUGUUAAAGUCCUUGCUUAUCAGGCUCUGGGUUCAAUUUCGUGUGUGUGUGUGUGUGUGUGUGUGUGUGUGUGUGAGAGAGAGAGAGAGAGAGAGAGAGAGAGAGAGAGAGAGAGAGAGAGAGAGAGAUCUAUGAAGGAGAAGAAAGGGGAAAUAGUAUUAAAGAAGAGUUGUGAGGAGGAUGGGCAAAGAAAAGUGAUCAGGUCCCUGUAAGGAGGUUUGGGAAGAGUAGGGUUGAGAUGGUUUCUUUCUGAUCCCACUGGUAUAUAAAAAUCCUUUGUACUUCUGGAAAUGAAUUGGAGCCUUCUUAAACCCAAGUCCAUUCCUGCCAUGGAAAACCCAGUAGACUCAGAUUUUCCCUUGAAGACUAUGAUGAUAUUGGACUGGUUUUCAGGUUCUAUCUGUUGCUUGCCUUUAAUACUUAGGCUGUCGUCUUCUGUGAGAAGAUGACCCAUCUUCUUGCCAAAACAGUUGUAUUCACAACACUCUGUAGAAUUCACUAGUUUUUUCUGGUUACCUGAUUCUUCUUCAGAGUUUCCUAAAGCUUUGGAGAGUUUCAUUGCAGCCAGAUUUCAUGAGUCAUAGCAUUGGAGUGGAGAUGGCAACUCUUUUCCCCAGGAAAGGGGCCCACAGCUAUAACCCAGUGACCCCACAUUCACGUGUGAACAAUGCUCAUGCCCAUGAUACUGGAUCCUAAGCCUUCCUGCCUGAAGCUUCUCCAUCAGUAGCCCUGAAUAAAAAAACCCUACUUGCUAUUGAGGGCCUGAUAAACUGUUAAA